AUGUCUGCAACUUCAGUUUUUUGUGAAAGUUCUAAAGAACACGACCGUUUUUCUGCUACCAUGACUAGGAAAAUAAUUCCUACUGUUUAUUUUUCAAUAGACAACCUUAAUAAAUCUUCAUUAUUUGAUCAAUGUACUCCUAAAUUAGCGAAUCCCAACAAUAUGAUUAUGGUUCAAGAACCGGUGAGUACAUCUGCUAAUAAGAAUAAUUACCUUGGAAACUGUAAUUUAAAAGACAGGGAUCCUACAAAAGGCUUUUUAACUCUACCAAUUUUUGAUGAAAGUAUUAUUUUUGAUGCUACUAUGAAUGAAAAUAUAAUUAACUCUAACGGAGUUAUGGUUGCAGAUAUGAAUGGGAAUAUAGAUGUACCAGUUGACAGAGAGAUAAUAAAUAAUGAAGAAAUAAAACAGAUCGGUACAGCAGCCCUUUCAAAAUCUAACACAAGAAAGAAAGUUAAGAAUGUAACUAAAUGGAAAAGAGUUGCCGCUAAAAUUGCACGGCUGAAAGUUUCUCCCUAUCACUCAACUGUAGCUAAAAAAGAACUGAAAUAG